UUUUAUUUAUUUUAUUUCAUAUAUAUAGGCAGAUAAUUAUUGGCGCGUAUUGUCAUUCAUUACAGAGCGCCACUCCUAACCGCCAUUAACGGCGAACCCUCUGUUCCACCAGAAAAAGGGAGAAGAAUGCCAGAAAUAGAAGACGGCCGCCGUUUCUCAUUCUCAAAUUUGUUCUCCUUCCCAAAACAACAAGAGAUCGGAGCCCCCAUUUUCCCCUUUUCCCCAAUCAAAAAGAGGAAAACAAAUCAGAAGAAAAAAUGAGCGUAAUCGAUAUUCUGUUCAGGCUGGAUGACAUCAGCAAAAAGUACGAAAAAUACGAUGUCGAAAAGCAGCGCUCCGUCAAUGGUUCCUCCGACGACGCCUUCGCUCGCCUCUACUCUUCUUUCGAAUCCCAAAUUGAAGCCACUCUUAUGAAAUCGGAGGUGGCGGCGGUUGAGACAAACAGGGCAACUAUGGUGGCGAUGAAUGCGGAGGUGCGGCGGACCAAAGCCAGGCUCAUGGAUGAGGUGCCUAAGUUGCAGAAACUUGCUCAGAAAAAGGUGAAAGGGCUUACUAAAGAAGAACUGGAAGCUCGAGUUGACCUUGUUCUCACACUUCCCGAGAGAAUUCAAGCAAUAUCAGACGGCAGUAGUAAACAAACUCAAGGAUGGGGCGCUUCAUCUUCUCAUAAGAAAAUAACGUUUGAUUCUGAUGGGAAGUUUGAUGACGAUUUCUUCCAACAUAGUGAAGAAGCAACUCAAUUCAAGCAAGAAUACGAGAUGCGGAAAAUGAAGCAGGAUGAAGGUCUGGACGUAAUAUCGGAUGGUUUGGAUAUAUUAAAGAAUUUGGCACAGGAUAUGAAUGAGGAAUUGGAUAGGCAGGUCCCGUUGAUGGAUGAGAUGGAUACAAAGGUGGAUAAGGCUUCAAGUGAUCUGAGACGUAAUAACGUUAGAUUGAAGGAAACACUUCAUAAUGUGAGGUCGAGUCAGAACUUCUGCAUUGAUAUCACUCUGAUGUGUAUUUUUCUGGGAAUUGUAACCUAUUUAUACAAAAUAUUGAGCUGAACGCUUUCAAAAGAGUCCAUGCAUCACCUUGUUUUUUCGUGAUCUCGAGUUUGCCUUGUCACCUUCAUGCUAUUGUUUCGUUCUUCAUCAUUCAAUUUAUCCUAACACUACUGGUAGUACAAUCACUUUCUUUCCUCGAUAAAAUAUCUGUUCAU